CUUCUCCCUUUGUUUAGCAGUGUUUUGAUACUCUGUCAUUGACACCCAGCUAAUCCCCUGCCAAUAUCAAUGCGAGAGAUCAUUCCAAGUCUAGAUGCGACCCAUGGUUGGCUUUGGCUCUUCAACAUCAAAGCCUUGAAGGCUGCUAAGAUCAAAACUCGCCGUCCAGCAUGAGCUGGUUACAAAGUAUCAAGCCCUUCUGGCCACUCAUAUUCACCUUCAUCCUACCCAAAGCCAUCAGCUAUUACCGCGUUGUGAAAACCGCUGUUAGGACACGACCGCCACCAAGACCUCUACCCAAGAAAACUGGCCAAGGUCUCAAUGCCCUGUUCGCAUCAAUAUGCGUGUUCUUCUACCUUUCACUGCCACUAAAGGGGAGCGUCGAAGAUCACAACAUCUUUGUCAUCACACAGUCACGUCUUACGAUGCCGACGGACACUCUCUUUUCACGGCUAGCUAUGCUUCGGGACCAUGGGGUCCUGACGUCGGUCGAUGAGGCUUUACGCUCGAAGUUGACUUCUCCCACCCUCCGCCAGAUCUAUCUCCGCUUCGGGCCCCGUACCCUGCUGAAUUGCACAUUCUGCCACCCGGACGACACUUUCUCCUACCUCCUGUACCACCUGCCUAUCAACGUCCUGCUCCCGCACCUCUUCCACGUCUUCUGUCUCGGUCUUGCAACGUCCGAGUCAAUCUCCGGCUUCGAACCCAGCCGCUGGCGGACGCAGGUCUUGCUAUGUGCUCUUGCACUCGCGUCGGUCGACAUCGCAAUCACCACCACCUAUUCACCGAUCGUAAAUCCUAACACGCCAGCACCAGCGGGGAUCUUCUGGUUGUCAUCGACCCUACGCUAUUUGUGCUUGUGCCUCUUCGACGCCGCGACUGCAUUUCUCAUCUACGCCUCGGCAACGGGCCGAUUCUUGCUGUUCAGCGCCCCGGCCAAUGCGGACCCUGAACUUGCUCGCCGCCGGACGGAAGAGCUGCUCACAAAGGCAAAUUUGUCCCUGCAACUGACCCAGACGAGCUUACGUGCGUACUCAAUUGCGCGAAAUGCCACGGUGCGCAAUCCAACACUCAAGGCCGGUGAUGACGAAUACUGGACUAGAGUUGUGUCGGUAGAAGGAACCCAAGGCUACGGCGACCAGAGCCUCCUCGAAGACGAAGAGGUCCAAGCCGCAAUCUCACGUGCCUAUGGGUCUGGGUCGAUGAACGUCGAGCAGAUGAGGAGAGAGGCGGAUGUAUUCGUCAAUAAUGUGACAAGGGGCCUUGACUCGACGACUGGCAACACCAGAUAGAGAUCCUGGGAUACAUCAACCUUUGAUCAAGUAUCAUACAAGUAUUAUCUUGGUUCGCCGUUUCUACGAAUAUCGUUCAGGAAUCGUCAGGCUCGUCCUUGAUAACGAUACACUCAUCAUCGUCUUUCUCCAUUUUAACAAAGUCC